CAAUGGCGACGCGCUCGUGCCGGGAGAAGGCUCAGAAGCUGAAUGAGCAGCACCAGCUGAUCCUGUCCAAGCUGCUUCGGGAGGAGGACAACAAGUAUUGCGCCGACUGCGAGGCCAAAGUUCCACGAUGGGCUUCCUGGAAUAUUGGCGUAUUUAUUUGCAUUCGAUGUGCUGGAAUUCACAGAAAUCUUGGUGUUCAUAUACCCAGGGUCAAGUCAGUCAACCUUGAUCAGUGGACACCAGAACAAAUACAGUGCAUGCAAGAUAUGGGAAAUACAAAGGCAAGAAUGCUCUACGAAGCUAACCUUCCAGAGAACUUUCGAAGGCCCCAAACGGACCCAGCAAUGGAAUUUUUCAUCAGAGAUAAAUAUGGAAAAAAGAAAUACUAUGACAAAAAUGCACUGACUGUUACCAAUAAAGAAAAUGACAAAAAAAAGGAAGAGAAAAAGAAGGAGAAGGAGCCAGAAAAGCCUUCAAAACCCAUUUCAGCUGAAAAGCCUCAGAAGAAAGAAGACCCGAAUCAGGAAUUUAAAAGAAGCACCAGCCCUAAAAAGGCAGCAGAACCCACUAUUGAUCUUUUAGGACUUGAUGGCCCUCCUGAAGUGCCUGUGACAAAUGGUAGUACUACUACCAUCACCACUACCCUGAAUGAUGACCUGGAUAUCUUUGGCCCAAUGAUCUCUAAUCCUUUACCAGCAACAGUCAUACCCCCAGCCCAGAGCACCCCCCCCCCCCCCGUACCAGUAGCUGCCACUUUAACUACCGGAUCUGUGGAUCUGGAUCUGUUCACUGAGCCAACUACAAAAACAGAAGAAUCAGCAAAGAAGCAAUUGUCCAAAGACUCCAUCCUAUCCCUAUAUGGGACGGGGACCAUUCAGCAACCAAGUGCUCCAGGUAUGUUUAUGGGCACUUCAGCUAUGCCGUUUACCUCACAAGCACCAACCCAGUUUCAAGGCUUUCCAUCCAUGGGAGUACCUGUGCCUGCAGCCACGGGAAUCAUGGGAAAUAUGAUGGGACAAUCGGUACCCGUUAUGGGACAAAAUGCAAGCAUGAUGGUUGGCAUGGCAGUGCCCAAUGGGUUUGUGGGAAAUGCACAAACUGGUGUGAUGCCACUUCCUCAAAAUGUUGUCGGGUCUCAAGGAGAAAUGGUAGGACAGAUGGGAGCAGCACAGAAUAAGUUUGCUAUCCAGCAAACUCAGCAGCCCCAGUGGAAUCUCUCUCAGAUGAAUCAGCAAACGGCUGGAACGAACAUCACCAGUGCUAGCAGUGCUGUGGGUUUUGGCCAACCCCCCAAUACAGCAGCAGGAUGGUCUAGAAGCUCAUCGGGUCAGACUCUCAGCACACAGCUGUGGAAAUGAAAACUGCAGUAGGAG